UGGGAACUGAGCUGUGGGUGCUCAGCCAGGUUGUCAGCAGGGCAAUUAAAAUACUGUAUGGCUUCCAAUAGGAUUAAUCACAGCUGCAUCCAUAGAGGGGCCUUUCUCUGAGGAUCUUCAAACCCUCUUUGGGCAUGAUCUCAUUCAUUUCUGGGAUCCCCCACCCUGGAACCCUACCAAGAAGCUGGGGCCCGGCAGAGAAUGAGCGGAGGAUGAGGGCAAUGAAUGUCGGAAAAAGCCCAGGUUGCUGCCACCCACCUGGGCAGAUAGAGGAGCGUUUGAUCCGGCAGAGAAUAGGGACCUUCAUUCAGUGUUCAGGAGAGGCCAGCCUGCCGUGAGCCAGGUGCUCCUAAAACACUAUGUCAGGACUGCUCAAGCCAGGGCCUGCCUGCCCUGGAGCCCACAUCCAGCUUGGUAGAGUGAUCUCUCUGGGAUUGUGGCAUGCGGACUUGGCUAAGCCCACCCUUUAGAAGUUGAGUAGCUGUUCCUGCAGGUUGCCUUGGAUUUCAAGCCACUGGGACAGCCAGCAGGAAAGGGUGAAGAAACUGGCUAGGAUGCCACGUGGUGUGUGUGGGGCCAGACCCAGGAUUUCCGAGGAAGAGCCUGAGCCAGAAUGCACAAGUUUUUCAGGAAAUGACCUUUUGGGACAGGCGAUUCUGGCAGGCAGCAGAAGGUCAUGUGGUCCAAGAAAGAGACUCACAGGCUGGCUUGAUCCAGGUUGAAGGUUUUGAGGACCCGAACUGAAGCUGGCGACAGAGUGUGGGAGAGACAGAUCCUGUGUGGGCCUAUGGCCAGGAGGAAAUGAAAGACACAGAGAAGGGGGAGGUUGCUGGGAAGUCACGGUGGAAGCGGGCAGAAGGAGCCAGGAGGAACCCGCCUCGCACUGUUGAGCUACCGGCCCGCCAGCAGCCCAGGAGGCAGAGGCUGGCGGACAUCCCUCCUCCCUCCCUUCUCCACCAGACGGUCGGACCAUCUGGUGUGCUUUCAUAGCCUCGUUCCUCCCCCUAGAGGCUCUGGGAAGCACAGCCACUUUCCCUGAAAGGUGAAUGGGUGAACAGUAUGAAGGUUCCCAGUUCCAAGGUCAACCCCUUGGCACACGGCAAGCAGACGAGUGAGUCCUUUUAGAAAACAGAAAGAAAAACCGGUCACUGAAGGUAGAAACCAUGUCCCGCUUGGGCGUGAGGGGAUAGAAGAGGCUCACCCAACAGUCUACCCACAUGGUAGAGGCCCCUAGAGCAAAGUGCCUAAAGUCUGGGCUACUGGAGUCCUUGCCCCACCCUCACAAGCUCUGUGAUUUAAACUGGGUGGUGGUGUUUAAUCCCAGCACUCGGGAGGCAGAAGCAGGCGGAUCUCUGUGAAUUUGAGGCCAGCCUGAUCUACAGAGUGAGUUCCAGGACACACAGAAACACUUGUCUCAAAGAAAAAAGAAAAGAAAGCAAAAAUAAGCUAUGUGAUCUUGAGCCAGUAAUUUUACCUUGUUAAGUCUAAGAUCCUUAAGUCUGCUGAACUGAAACACUUAGCGUGGCCAUCUCAUUUCCUGACCACAUCUGCUGCAUUACCUCAUUGACUGGUUGUCGGAGUAGAGGUGGAUGUGAGAUCGACUGAAAUUCUCCAGAGUGUGGUACAUACUUCAGUGAGUGCUGUUCUUUCAAAUUCAGGAAGAGUGGUUUCGCUUCUCAGUAUCUCCCCCACUUUCCCAGCCAGCAUGGCAGAGGCUGCAGGACCCUGGUCCUCCCCCUGCCCUGUCCUGCCCAUCCAUCUCAUGGUUGACUGCUUGGACUAGAAGACUCAAGAGAAGUGGGGUCCGGGAGUGACCUUGGCUGAGGACCUGCUGGCCAAUGGAAGGGUACCAGUAGGGUCCCCAGGCACGACUCACGAGGCCGCGUCGCUCCUGCCGAGACCCAGCUGUCCACAAUGCCCUGUUCUCUGGGGACCUACAGCAGGUUCAAAUCCUGUUCCAAGAUGAAGAGGCUGCCAACAUGAUUGUGGAGACUGUGAGCAACCAGCUGGCCUGGUCAGCAGAACAGGGAUUCUGGGUGCUGACUCCAAAGACCAAGCACACAGCACCUCUUACCAUCGCCGUGGCCAGAGGCUACAUAGACUGCGCCCGGCACCUUAUCCUGCAGGGGGCUGAUCUCGAUGCCCGGAUUGGAGGUCGUGCUGCCUUGCACGAGGCCUGUGCCCAAACCCAACCCGACUGUGUUCGGCUGCUGCUCACAUUUGGUGCCAAGGCUAAUGUGCUGUCUGAGGAGGGUAUGACCCCCUUGCACCUCUGCACAGCUCCUGAGUCUUUGCAGUGUGCCAAGUUGCUGCUAGAGGCUGGAGCAUCUGUGAAUGAGGCAUCACGGGAGAGCGAAGUCACGCCCCUGCAUGUGGCUGCAGCUCGCGGCCUGGAGCAACACGUGGCUCUCUACCUGGAGAAUGGCGCAGACGUGAGCCUGCGCACCAGCCAGGGCGAGACUGCACUGAAUGCAGCCUGUGCUGGCGCAGAGGGGCCGAGUAGCUGCCGACAGCACGAGGCAGCAGCGCGACGUCUCUUGGAAGCCGGGGCUGAUCCCAGGGCUUCCGGUCUCAAGCGCCACACGCCACUGCACAACGCCUGUGCUAAUGGCUGCGGAGGCCUGGCCGAGCUGCUGCUGCGCCACGGAGCCAGAGUUGGCGUCACCAAUGGGGCUGGCCACACACCCAUGGACUGCGCACUGCAGGCGGUACAGGAUGCCCCUAACUGGGAGCCCGAGGUCCUCUUUGCAGCACUGCUGGACUAUGGGGCCCAGCCCGUUCACCCUGAGAUGCUGAAACACUGUGCCAACUUUCCUCGGGCCCUGGAAGUCCUCCUCAAUGCCUAUCCAUGUGUUCCAUCCUGUAACACCUGGGUGGACGCAGUGCUCCCGGAACUGUGGCAGGAACACGAAGCCUUCUACAGAUCAGCCCUAAGCAUGGAAAACCAGCCAAGACGGCUGCAGCACCUGGCCCGCCUGGCUGUUCGUGCUCAGUUGGGUAGCAACUGUCGGCAGGCCACCACCCAACUCCCAUUACCCCCACUGCUCAGAGACUACCUGCUGCUGUGUGUGGAGGGACAAAUCCGGUGAGCCCCGAGCGGGCCGCUUCGACUUCCAUCCGCUCCUACGCCCAGCGCGCUGAAAAGCCAACCACUGCCCCUUCCUUUGUGCUUCGCAUGCCCUCCAGGCCCAGUUUGUCCCUCCACUGACAUCUUAAGCCACCUGCUGAUCUUCAGGCCAUAUCAGCCUGUCCCAACCCGCCACCCCCAUACUUAAGCAGGUAGAUGGCCUCUUUAUCUACACAAGCUACAAACAAAUGACCCUCAGUGCAGCUCUCCACUCGCCACCCAUACGCCUAUUCAGCCCUUCAUGGUGACAGGCCCUUCCGUGGACUUGAUAGCAUAUGCCUCUAACCCCAGUACUGGAGGCUGAGGGAGUAGAUCUAUGAGGUCAGCACUAGCAAGGUCUUGCGAGGAGGGUGUACCCUGCUUCUUUGCCUUCUUUCCAGCACAACUCUGGAUAGAACUAAAAGAAAGGACUGCUGGGAUUGUUGUUCCCCCAGCGCUAGGCACGGAACCCAGGGCUGGGUGCAUGUUAAGCAAGUGUCCCACCACAGAAUCCACCUCUGUCUCUUGAUGAAACCCAUUUCUUGAACGGAUGCUAGAAACUUUUUUUUUUUUGGUUUGUUUGUUUUUUGAGACAGGGUUUCUCUAUAUAACGGCCCUAGCUGUCCUAGAAUGUGCUUUGUAGAGUGGCCUAGAACUCACAGAGAUCUGCCUGCUUUUGUCUCCUGAGUGCUGGAAUUAAAGGCGUGUGCCGCCACCACCUGGCCACCUGAGACAUUUCUGAUGCGUUCUCCCUUAAUUCCCCAAGUGUUGCAUGGCAUCUUAAUUGGCAGUCUCUCUAGAAUGGCUUCUGGGGCCCAGAAAGAUGGAAAGCCAUUCUCUCUUACUUCUUCUGGUCCUAGAGACAGAAAGGUGUGACCACUCACUUUUAGGAGGAAGCUUUUCAAGGCAAACCAGUUUUGUUUGUUUGUUUGUUUUGUUUUGUUUUUUUUGGGACAGGGUUUCUACAGUCCUGGCUGUCCUGGAAUUCACUUUGUAGAC